CUCCUGUAGACCGUUGUUAAUUGUUUAAACCACGAUGUAGAUACACUAAAACAAUGAAACAGGAUUGUUUCUUAAUCGGUUUUGUUGAUUGUAUUACCGGUAGUUGACAAAGUGCUUCUUAAGUAUUGAAGCGAUUAACAUGUUGUGCAUUCGUAAGCCUACGCUGUUAUGUUUUCUGUUACAUUUGUAGAGAAAUUUUAAGCACCCGUGCCCGCUGCCGUGUGGUUUUGUAGCAAACUACGAGUGCUCGACAAUGGUUGAAGUCCCGCUGAAUGUUGGACUUCCACCGCCCGUACCAAACAACUUUCAAUGCCUGAGCGAAAAUUUCGAUUCUCUGCAUUGUCGAUGGGAUGCGAGAGUGGAGCAUCAGAAAGAAUUUUCUAUGUUUACACAAAAAAUGCCAACAUCCGAGAUUUAUUUUCAACCUGUUUACAAUGAUAUCAACUGUGGCAAUGGUACCUACUUCGGUUGUUCCCCACAUCAUUCGGAAAGAUGGUGCGACAUAAAUGACACUGAGAUAAAGUUACACAAGCUAAUCAAAUUGCAUCCAUUUACCUGUCCUUUCACAAUAACCUUAGAUGUCACAAAUGAAUUCGGAAAAACAAAAACGGAUCUUGAUUACAUAGGAAGAGCAAUUCCUCGAUCCCCCUUGGCAGUGCUGGCACACAGUAAAUAUACAAAUGAUAAAACUGAAGUUGUUUUGAUCAUUGUAGUCAAUAUUGCGGAAGAUGAUGUACAGAAAUAUUAUCGAGAAUUAUCUUAUGAGGUUGCAGUGAAAUACACAAAAACUUCAAUUGAUGCAACAAACUAUCUUUUAAACCAACAAAAAGAUGUUUCGGAUUCUGCGUUUUGGGAAGAAUGGAAACUUUAUCCUGAGGUUGCCUUUUCACAUAGAAAGGAGAGUGAAGAUUUAGAAUAUUGGGAAAAUGCUAAAAUAUAUAAGCAGCAGCAAUUACAGGGUAAUAUAUUCCACAUCACCAAUGCUUGUCCUAACACAACUGUAGCUGUGCGCGCAAGGCUAAAAGCCACACAUUGGAGUUACUGGGCCCAAUAUGAUGUAGGAUAUGAUGUCCCCAAACCUUUAUAUGGCGGAUACACAUACAGUAAAACUGUAAAGACAUUUCAAGUCAUUCCCCCAAGUCCUGAAAUAUUCAUCUUUUGGCUUCAUGAUGAUGCGGAAACUGCUGUCUUUCAAAGCAUGCCAUCCAACAAAAGAGUAAUGAUCAUAAUUAUGUCAAUGCCAUUUCAAUUAACAUCCAACAAAGCAGACAGCAUUAAAAUAUCUGGAACCUGUCUUAGCAUUGAAAGGCAUUCAAACCAAACCUGUUCACUUUCUGCUCAAUCUAUCAACCAUAUUGGUGUUUCCCAGCCAAGCACAGUGGCUGUUCAAGAUACAGAUAUAAAAAUAGUUGAACCAAAUGUGAAGAUUUCAACUUUCGAAAAUUCAACAGCUAUUCUCUCCUUUCAAGUAAAAAGUUCAACAAUUUUGCUCACGGAGGCUUUAAAAAAUAUUGAAGUAAAUGUCUUUUUUUGGAAAUAUGAAGCCAUCAGUUCAACUCUUAACCUGCAAAAUUUUGCUAAUAUUGAGAGGAAAUCAAGCGUUAUAACUGAAAAUAUACACAACAACUUGAUGGUCAGUUUGAAUAAGAGUGAAAAUAAAGAGAUGGAAACUAUGAUCGUUUUAAGAGAAAACUCCACAAUUACGGCUCGUAAUUUAGAAAAUCAAAUUGGAUUCUCCACCUGCAUUAUUACCAGAAGGAAAAUACCAAACUUGAAAUGCAGGUUUUCUCACUCAGUGUUGUCGCCAACGUUGUACAAAGUUGGUGUAAGCCUUCGUUUUGAUGGAAUUCAAGGAAAUACUCAAAUGAUAAACGGAGCUGUGUAUUUUAAAACCAAAGCUCCAUCUAGUGCGCCAGAUAUGCUGCAUCAUAAAUUUGAUUCGUCAACUGAAUUGUUUGUUUCUUGGCGUGGCGUCUCAUUGGUUGAUUCAAACGGACCAAUCACAGCUUACCAUGUUUACUUGUUUGAUGCUAUGACUUGUGGGGAUCCAGCAAACAAAAUGUCAAUGACUUGUUCUGCUUAUUGCUCAAGUCCAAUCAAAAUGUCCACAUUUCAUGUUACAAGUAUUGCCAACAACUCAACCAAAGAUAGAAAUUAUUUAAGUGCGGAAGACAUAAAGAAAUUUUCAAUUCCACAAAUUAUGUCUUUGAAACUUAAAGACUUAAACUCAUCCGUUGCAUAUUAUGUUCGUAUAUCAGCUGUGAAUGAUGCAGGGGAAGGUCCAUGUUCUGCACAACUCACUAUCCUACCGACUGAACAAUUAAACUUGAUAAUUACCGCUGUGUGUCUUGUGCUGGUUAUUGUAGUUUUUCUAACCGUGCUGAAAUGGCAAUGGACAAGAAUUAAAGCCAUAGUUUGGCCUUCUGUUUCUGCUCCUCAAAUUUUUAUUGACAUGGCUGUUAACUCGCAACUAAUACAAGCACUAGCUCCUGAAAGAGGUGAAACGUGUGAUCUUAUGGAAGCUAAACAUAUGAUACACAUUCAGAAAACGCAUUUAAACAAUGAGAAUGAUUCGGCAAAGGCUACAGCAGAUUCAGCAUCGUUCAAUAUUCCGGAUGAAAACGAAGCCAUUUAUAUCGAAGAUGAUGUAUUUGAUUAUGUGAGCGUAAAUGACCCAAAGAUAAACAGCACAAACCUAGAAAGCACAGAAUGCAACGGUGACUACAUUUACACAGAAGUUGUGAAUCGUAUGUACUCUGGUUCAGAUGCUGUGGUCGAUGCGCCAGAUGACGAACGAAGUUACAUCACCAGCAAUGAAGCACUUUCAAUGGGGUUGGCUUUAAAGGCGUAACUCAAUGUUCACACAUAAAUGAGCCGUGGAUUUGAAAUCACCACCAAGCUUUAUGCUUGAUAACACACUUUGUUGUUUGAGAGAAGAUAGAAAACCUUGAGAUGCUUGGUCAAAACAAUGUGCAAAACCUUCGGCAAUGAUGCAAAACCUUUGAUAUUUCUUUUAAGGAACUAAUAUUCUGAAUUUGUACAGCCUAAUUAAUCUAUUUCUUUAUUUUAAAAAAGGGUUUACGAACAGGAACCGAAAAUUUGAUUUCAUUAGAGGAGGGUGGGACAAAGUGUAUUUAACCUUAUCGCUGCCACAGAUGUAAAAACUGUUUAUUUUGCGUUGUAGGCAUCUGGAAGAUUUUAUUUUACCAUAGAGGAUGGUACAAGGUGAUGCAACUAUAAACAAAUGUAAGAAGAACCUGAAACGCCCAAAACGGACACGAUUUUUUUUAGUAAAACAUCCCUUUUUCAGUCUAAAACAACUACAACUUCCAACUUGAUUGACGUUGUAUAAUAUAAUGAGAAAUGACUAAGCUUUCUAAAACAAAGAACUAAUCAUCGUAGCUUUGUGUUUAAUCUAAUAAAUGUUGAUAAGUUAAAUACAAACAAAUUACAAAAAAAAA